AUGCAGUCCUAUUCGCAUCUCUACGAUCCAAUCGGCCAUCCAUCGGCGUCCACUUCACCUCAUCCUCCUUCACCAGGUGGCAUCAACAUCCCCUACACAGGCUCGCCAUCUGCUAGCCACAUUGGAGCUGGAACGCCAGGCUCGAGCAGCAUUGCUCAGAAUCCUUUGUCUUUUGGUGCAUUCUACAUUCAGCAUCCAGCUUCGUCCCACUCCAAUCAUGCGCCAUCCGCCAGUCAUCAUACACAUCACCUCGACACCUACUCCAACUCUUCGCAUACUCCACAGCAGCAUUUCUCUCCCGGAGCAGACCAUCAUUCCUCUUCAAGCGCCUCUGUCGCCGCUUUCUCCAACAGCGGCCGUUUGAGCUGGGCCAACUCGCCUGCCGAUUCCUAUCACGGCAUCCCCUCCAAUGCUACCACUCACAGCAGCGGGGCCGAGAGCCAUUCCAGCUUGGCCAACAACAAGCAUCCGUGGGAAAUCAAUUCCGCUGCCAUGCGCUCUGAGCCCGGCUACAUCGGCUCACCUUACUCCACCUCGGAUCUCCUUCAUCCCGCUACCGCCAGCGCAUUAGGUCUCGACGACGACUCCGGAUCCGGAGGCAACGUCCGCCCUCGUGCUCGCAAGCGCACACGAGCUGAAGAAGAGCCGCGAUCGCGCCUCUCCUCCUCUAGCCGUAGUCGCACACGUCCACGUAUCCCCAGUGCUCUGUCCCGAGCAACCAGUCCUGUAAGCGACUUCCAUCACAGCAUCUCGUCUUAUCAUGCCGAUCCAGAGGACACCGACAUCACCGCAUGGAUCAACGCAGGCGAUGCAGAUGACUUUUCGGCCCCACAUGUGGCAGGCACAGAACACCGCCUCUGGUCAUCCUUCGGUCCCGGCAUUAUCAAUGAGCCAUCUCAUGCGAGCCCCUAUCACGGCUCUACCACCGCUGCGCCUCUGCCCACUUCUGUUUCCAAUUCCCGAGCACAGUCCAUCGUCGGCUCCGAUGACUUUGGCUACCAUGCCUCUUCCGCCCUCCACUCGGCUCCCUCCAAUCUUGGUCUCAGCGUCUCGGUCCAAGAUGAAGAUGCCAUCGACUCCAAAUCCGAAGUCGCGCGCGCCAUUCAGGAAGAGUCGGCUCCAGCAGAAGACGAGCCGCUCUACGUCAACGCCAAACAGUACCAGCGCAUCCUCAAGAGGAGGGCAACACGAGCCAGGAUCGAGGAGCAGAGGAAGAAGGAAUUCCUCACUUACAUGCACACCCGCGAGAAGGCGGGUCAGGAUGGCGACAGCGAAGACGGCAAGAAGCCCUACCUUCACGAGAGCAGGCAUAGGCAUGCUGUCAGGAGGCCAAGAGGGCCUGGAGGCAGGUUCUUGACCAAGGCCGAGAUGGCACAAUCGGCCGCCACCGCUCCCUAA